AUGACUUCGGUUCAAUGUGUCAACCCCAGAGUGAGAAGGAUUAGAGACUCUCCACAAACUGUGCUUCAGAAUCUAGCUGAACACAUCACAAAAGAGAUCUCACUGCAGAAACCCUUUAAGGAGGUGAUUGAUGUUAGCGCGGGUGAUACCCACAGAGCUGUCUUAAAACCUGUCUCAUUUCUUCGACAGGUCUUGGCAGUGUGUGUGUACCCUGCGCUGCUAGAAGACAAAAGUUUACCUCUGGAUGUCAAGAUAAGAGCUCAAAAACUCCUGGAGGCCUGUGAUGGAGGAAGUGUGGGUUCAUACACUGCCUCUUCUGGUCUCAGUCACGUCAGGCAAAGCAUCGCUGAGUUCAUCACUAAACGAGACGGAAUUCCUUCAUUUGCCGAAAACAUCUUUAUUUGUGCUGGUUCUCAAAGGGCCAUUAUGAUUGCUGUAAAACUGCUGGCCAGUGGGGAGGGGACGACUCGAACAGGGGUGCUGAUCCCUGCACCCUGCCCACACACGCUCUACCCUCUGCUGGAUGAGGCUGACGUGGUCUUGGUGCCAUACCAGCUGAUGGAGGAGAAAGGUUGGGCUGUAGAGCUGGACAAGUUGCAUCAAGCUUUACAGGCCACUAGGAGGAACUGUGAGCCCAGAGCCAUUUACAUCAGCAACCCAGGAAACCCCACAGGUCAUGUGCAGGACAGGAAGUCAAUAGAGGAAGUGAUUCAGUUCGCAGCAGCUGAGAGACUCAUACUGUUAGUUGACGAGGUGUACCAGGACAGCGUGUAUGGGAAAGACAGAGAGUUUAUUUCCUAUAAGAAAGUCUUGUUUGAGAUGGAUAAAGAGUAUGCAGAAACAGUGGAGCUGGUCUCCUUCCACUCUUUAUCCAGUGCCUGCAUGGGAGAGUGUGGUAUGAGGGCAGGAUACAUGGAGGUAGUUAAUAUGGAUCCAGAGGUGAUGUAUUAUUUUGAUAAUACCUUGUGUGGUGAUAUCAGUACUCCAGUCACAGGACAGCUUGCUCUGGAUCUUAUGGUCAUUCCACCACAACCUGGAGACCCAUCGUAUGACAUGUACAUACAGGAGACUCUCUUCACCCUGGCUACUCUGUCCCAUAAUGCUAAACGGGUCCAGGAGUUCCUAAACAAACUACCAGGGGUGAGCUGUCAGCCAGCAAUGGGAGGGAUCUACCUUUUUCCCCGUCUGCACUUACCAUGUGGGAUUAAGGAGCAGGCCAAGCUGCUGGGGCUGAAAGACGAUGUUCUGUACUGUCAGAAGUUACUGGAAGAGGAGGGUGUAUUAGCAGGCGCAGGUCAGUAUGGUGGAAUAACUGACAGCUGCCAUUUGAGGUUGUGCAUCCUUGUUCCUUCUGACACCCUGGACGAGGUCCUGGCUCGCCUCUCUUCCUUUCACUGCCGUCUUCUGGGUGGCACUGUGACCCCAAGAGAUGCGUAA